GGUGUUAAUUGUCAAAACUUCUACCUGUAAAGAAAAGAAGUCGUGGGCCGUUGCUAAGAUCCGUUUAUUUACCUAUACCUAGGCUGAGGUUCUUUUCAGUUAACAUUUUAAAAAAAUAAGAAAUGAAAUCAUUUACAUUAGAAGAUUGGAAAAAGGAAAUACAAUUGGCAUUUUCUGAUGGUAAAUACAUACAUCUAGUCAACCAUGAAAUACCAGAAUUGAAGAAAUACAUGGAAACAGGCAUAGGGGAUGUUUUCCUCAAAUUCGCCGAUGCUAUUGAAUUACUAACAAGCAUAACUGGAAUUAAUUCAAUCCCAGUACAUACAUGUACAUUUGCCAUAUCCUUUGGCGUCAUGUCAAACAUCUUCAAAAAAAUCGGCACACAAUUUAAGUCCACUAUUCCUCAGAUAGACGAAGAUAAAACAUAUUCAGCUUUACUACGCUUCCAAGACUCAGAGUUAAGAGCUGAAGCAGCGGGUUUGGAAGAUUUACUUUUCCACACACACGCCUACCUGAACGAGAUCGACGACCAAGCCCGUGAAAGUGUUGUAAUCCGACUGGAGGACAAAUUUCCAACCACCGACAGUGUGAGAUUCCUUGGAAAAUUAAAAGCGAAAACGUACGAACUACUGACGACGUCGGACCUACAGUCUGCUCAUCGAGCAUCAGUCUAUGUGAAUCUGUAUUUCCGACUAGCAAUAUUGCGUACGUUAGUGUUAUGGCAGGUUUUCUGCAUCAAAGAACGAAGUGGCUUUGACAGACCAAGUACUCAAGGGGUUCUGGCAUUGAUCACCGAAAGUAAUAAGUCUGACCUGGAAGUUCUUACAUAUGUCACGGAAACCAAUUUCCAAAAGUCGGUGUUUCUGACUAAAUUUACUCCUACAAAAUGCGAACAUUAUUUGCACUUUCUUCGCAUUCACCGAAUCAAAAUUCCCACAGUAGGUGGAGGUAAAAGCUUUUGUGGUUCAAUACGUAACAUUUGCCUGUCAAAAUCGCCGGAUAUUAAGUUCAAAAUGUCAUCGCUCUACUGGGGCCGUAUCUGUGGAAGUGAUAAAAAAAAUUCUGCGUCUUGCAAAUUCGAACUGGAACCUGUUGAAAAUGAAAAUCUAAACUGUAUAUUUUACAUCCGAUCAGCAAAGUAUUCAAACUAUUAUGUUUAUAUGCACAAGGAAGGAAAUUGCUUUUCCUUUAAAGGCCAACCAGGACCUGAAGGGCAAUGGAAAGUCGUACAAUUUGAGAAUGGAAGCCAAGUGCAGUACAUCAUGUCCCCUGUCAAAUGGCCCUGUCGAUUCCUGUAUCUUAAAUCCUUUUUAGGAAAUGCUCAGUUGUACAUUGGAGGCACUUAUGACUUAGAAGCAAACAAAGACCAGAGUCUAUGGGAAAUUCCUGAGGCAUAGAAAAAAAUUGUCAUUUAUCAGUUGGAACUGGGGAUUUAACUUGCAUUGGACUUUCCAUGAGUUUGAUUUAACACACACAAACAAGCUUAAGUUACUUUUCAAUUUAUUCGAUCAGUGCUUACUAACUAUGCAUGAUAAAUUACCAAAAUCAGGUACAUGUACUUUUUACACUAUUGCGCUGAAAAAUAUAGCUGAAUUCCUAUCAACAGAAACAACGCUACAAAAAAUAUUUAGGAUAUCGAUGUAUAUUUUAUAUGUGGAAGAAAACAAAAUUGCCGUAAAACUAUUUUUAAAAAUUACCUUUCCUUAACGAAUGUAAAUGUGAAUUCUUCAUAUGUCUGUGCCAGCUGUAAAUUCAGUCUUUCUUUCGAAAAUAUAGGUCAUUCUUCGAUUGACAAUUUGUUCACUAAUGAAUAUUGCUUAUUAUAUUAUUACAGGGACCUAUAUCUUUAGUUAGUAUAUAUACGUCCCUGAUUAUUACAAUAAUUUUGUUACUUUCAUGAU